CGAUAUCCUUUUUUGUGCCUUGCCUUUUUUUCCUGAGACUGCUAUGUAUGCUCCAAGGAAAACCCUCCAGAGCCUGGGGCCCUCAACAAGCCCCCUUCCGCCUGGCUUCUUUGGCCGCAUUCCUGCAGAAAUCAUCGCUCUUAUAACGGAGCAAGCAGACGAUACCACCCACUCAGAAACCCGCGCUUCGCUCUGUUCCGUCAAUAAAUUAUUUAAUGCGACAUGUACGGCCGCUUUGUAUGGCAGCCAGAUCUACAUUCGCGACGACACUGCGCUGCGGCAACUGUUCAGGACCUUAUUCGAUCUUCGACCGGAUCUCGUCCUCAAGGUGAACAAUCUGCAAAUCAAAGGGCAGGCUACAGGACAAUAUACUUUUGGUGGACUUUCAAUCAAGAACAGAGAAGUAUUGCGUCACCUUCGGUCUAUACUUCGAGCAUGUACCAAUCUACACACCCUGUCCAUUGUGGCAUCCGAUGAUAGUCCCGCUUCCAUCCUGUUGAACUCCCUGUUUGCUGAGUCGGACGAGGCUGAUACACGAACAUCAGAGUCGGGUGCUAUAGCGGCCAAGCACCCAAUCUUCCCCUUCCUGCGCGACCUUGAACUUCAUUUCAGACUCGAUCGGCCCAUCUUCGAUUUCCUCAUGUUACACCAUGCUGCACUCCACGUCCUCCGCGUUCAUGAUUCACAGCGGUUCCCAUGGGAUGCCCGCGCCCUUGGACUGCAGAUAUCCAAUGAGUACUCUUUAGCUCCUUCUGCUGCCAGCUCGCAUAUCGAAUGCUCCGCUUUCCUCGUACCUGCAUUCGCGCCUGAUUCACAUAUCGAGCACGCGACCAUGGAAUGGCAGGCUCGUGACGGAGAUGUCGAUGUCGUCGCGGAAGACAUUGUCCAAUCUCUCGCGCGCUCGCGGAGACCAAUCAAGACAGUCGUUUAUACUUCUCAGUCGUGGAAUAUCAAGUUCAUGCGAGCUGCAGCGACGCGCCUCCCUUCUCUGGAGUUCCUUUAUAUGAGGAACACGGGCGAUGACCUUCUCCGUGGGGUGCGAGGCUCUCAGGACGACUUCAUCGCCCCAGUUUUACGCAUCAUACCCGAGAUUCUUCCCAUGAUGAACAAGCUAAGAGUCCUCAUCUUAUGGUGGACCACGUAUCCGGUUGGUACCAGUCGAACUUUUCUAAAUGACUUUGACACGGUUCGCGAAUGGGCGAAACUAUGUCCCUCGCUUCUCUAUGUUGUCUUCCCUCUCACUAGGACGCGGUGGAUUCGCAUUCCUAAAGCAGAAUAUGACUUCUUUGUCCCCGACACCAUCUUUAGCUGCACCGGCACAAUCAUUCGCGACUACAACUCUGACGAUUUCAUCGUAGACCCAAGAAGGAUACGCAAUGAAAAUAUCGCGCAAUGGAUGCACGAUGUCUUCGAGCUCGAGCCGGAUGGCGAAAGGAUCAUGUCAGCCUAUUUUAGGCAGUUUAGGGACAUGAGAAAGUCGGAGGAGGGAAAGGGUGUCGUGAGGAGCGUGAAGGAGUUAUUAGAAAGAGCAAGGGUUGAUCUAAUUGGAUGGGAAGAGGAAUAGGGCAGUGCUAUAUGACCGCUCGACUCGAGCUCGAAUAACAUCUUAUUUCCU